AUGUCCAAUUUUCUCAUUAGGAAGCUGGCGAACGAACUCGCCACCCGUCAAAGCCCCGUGGACAUCGCAGUUGCUGGAAUUGGAGAGUCAGUGAAGCGCAUCAAACACAAUUUAGCUACCAAGAUCGUAUCCAGGAACAGCAACUUCUCCACCAUACUCGAUUUCCUCGGCAUGAAGAAGCCAACAUCCCAUCUUCCCACAUCACUGAUCGAUACAACUGCCUGGAAAAUGCCAAAGGUUCCAUUGGCAGAUCCUCAGUUCAACGUACCAGCAACAAUCUACAUGAUCAUCGGUGGAGAAUGUUACCAUGAGUUCCACACAGGUGUACGCCAUUCCCUUGGUAACGGUUUACCGAUUUUGGUGGACACCCUCCUUUUCUGGACAGCUUCCGGUAAAGUGGAUUCCAGCUCCACCACCGCACUGCAAGCGUGCUUCCUCUCCACCGUUGAUCAAACCCGAGAAACGAUCCCUGGAACCCGAGAACGACCAUCGAUUUAA